AUGGCAGGGACUCUGCUCAGCGCCCUGCUCCUCUUGCAGCUCCUCGGUAUGGACCAGGGGAAGAACGAGGAGCUGCGUCUUUACCACCACCUCUUCGACAACUACGACCCAGGACGCCGGCCAGUGCAGAAGCCUGGGGACACCGUCACCAUCACCCUCAAAGUCACCCUGACCAACCUCAUCUCACUGAAUGAGAAAGAGGAGACCCUCACCACCAGCGUCUGGAUUGGAAUCGACUGGCAUGAUUACCGACUCAACUACAGCAAGGGCGAUUUUGGGGGCAUAGAAACCCUGCGGGUCCCUUCAGAACUCGUAUGGCUGCCAGAGAUUGUGCUGGAAAACAAUAUCGACGGCCAGUUCGGUGUGGCCUAUGAAGCCAACGUGCUGGUCUCGGAGGGCGGCUACGUGAGCUGGCUGCCCCCGGCCAUCUACCGCAGUAUCUGCGCCGUGGAGGUCACCUACUUCCCUUUCGACUGGCAGAACUGCUCGCUUGUUUUCCGCUCGCAGACAUACAAUGCAGAAGAGGUGGAGCUCGUCUUUGCUGUGGACGACGAUGGUGACACCAUCAGCAAUAUAGAUAUCGACACUGAGGCCUAUACUGAGAACGGUGAGUGGGCCAUCAACUUCUGCCCCGGGGUGAUCCGCCGCCACGACGGUGGCUCUGCUGAUGGUCCAGGGGACACUGAAGUCAUCUACACGCUCAUCAUUCGCCGGAAGCCGCUUUUCUACGUUAUUAACAUCAUCGUGCCUUGCGUGCUCAUCUCGGGCCUAGUGCUGCUCGCCUAUUUCCUGCCGGCACAGGCCGGCGGCCAGAAAUGCACCGUCUCCAUCAACGUCCUGCUCGCCCAGACCGUCUUCUUGUUCCUAAUUGCCCAGAAAAUCCCAGAGACAUCUCUGAGCGUGCCGCUGCUGGGCAGGUACCUCAUUUUCGUCAUGGUGGUUGCCACGCUCAUUGUCAUGAAUUGCGUCAUCGUGCUCAACGUGUCUUAUCGGACGCCCACCACACACGCCAUGUCCCCGCGGCUGCGCCACGUCUUACUGGAGCUGCUGCCCCAACUCCUGGGCUCGGGCGCACCCCCCGAGGUCCCCCGGGCCGCCUCGCCCCCAAGGCGGGCGUCGUCCUUGGGCCUACUGCUCCUCGCGGAGGAGCUGAUACUGAAAAAGCUGCGGAGCGAGCUCAUGUUUGAGGGGCAGAGGUACCGGCACGGGACCUGGACUGCUGCCCUCUGCCAGAACCUGGGCGCCGCCGCCCCCGAGAUCCGCUGCUGUGUGGAUGCCGUGAACUUCGUGGCCGAGAGCACGCGAGACCAGGAGGCCACCGGCAAGGAGGUGUCCGACUGGGUGCGCAUGGGGAAGGCCCUUGACAACAUCUGCUUCUGGGCCGCUCUGGUGCUCUUCCUUGUCGGCUCCAGCCUCAUCUUCCUCGGGGCCUACUUCAACCAAGUGCCCGAACUGCCCUACCCGCCCUGUAUGUAGGCAUGAGCCUGCAGCCAUGGUGACAAACGUUCCCACCCAUCUCCAGGAGGAAAUCUGAAAAACAAGUUGCUCCCAUUGCUUUAUUACGAUCCUUUCGUACUGCCAAUGAUAAAUCUGUAUUCAGCUUCGCAAGAGUCGUAUGUGCACAAGUGUGUAGGUCUGGCCACCGGGCAGACAUCAGAAGGAGCUGGCAGAUGGUUCAGGCAGGCUGUUGCAUGUCAACCCUCCAGAAGGCAAGAACCAACCUCAAUUCAGUCUUCCUGACCUCCCAGUUUUUCCUGGACCCCAGCCCCAUGUGACCCUCUAGCCCUGUGAGCCUCUAAAAGAUCUUUAUCCAUUUGUUGCCAAACAGGAGAGACACCCCCCCGCCCCCUGCAAUGCAGGACUUGCAUAUAGAGAGGCUAGAGCCAGGCGCCUUCAUGGCCUGGCCGGGCUGGAGUGGGUGGAAACCAAAUGGCCCCUGUGCAGGGCCCCACAUGUUUAAGGCCGAGGAUGCCCCGGCCCUCCCUCAGUUGUUUCCUCUAGGUUUUCUUGGCCCAGCAGUGCCCAUCCACCCCCUUUCUCCACCAAGGCUCACUCACUGCAGAUUCCACCCCACCCUGCCCCCUU